CAAAUGAGACUGAAAUCCCACAGCAACGUGUUCUUCUAGAAAGAGUGGUGCAGUCUGACAAAAACAAUGUUUCUUAAACAGCUUAUCGUUGUUGUGAUGACGUGCACGACAUCUGUGGCUAGCACUCUGCCAGAAGGGUCAUCUGACAGGGACCAAGUUGUCGCCAAGAUGGCCAGCCGUUUGGAAGAAGUAAUGGGUGAACUUGCUGCACUUAAAAGCAGGCUUGAUCUCGUUCAGUGUUCACCACACGUGGGCUUUACACUAACGCUUGAUGUCAACCUCACCGUGGCACCGGAAGAGAUCAUCAAGUUUGACUACAUCAUGUACAACGAAGGCCAGGGUUACGACCCUGAGACCGGUUACUUCACGGCGCCUGUCGGAGGGAUGUACUUAUUCUUUGUUCAGGCAGAGACGCCGCCAGGAGCUGGGUUCGGCCUCAGCCUGAUGAAAGAAGAUGCCGAGUGGGCCUACAUCUCCGGCAACAACGAGGACUCACGGCUGACCCUCUUUGACGAGGUCGUCUUGAACCUUCAGCAAGGGCAGAGAGUCUGGAUCCUAAAGCGAGACAACUCCAACCCUGUGAUCCGACACCGAUCUAAUUUCGGAGGCUUUCUCAUCGCCCCUGACAGGCAGUGUGUGAUCCCUAAUAACCUGAGUUAAAUCCCCUUCAGGAAUCCAUCUCAGAGCCUAAUUGACUUUCUUCAGUCUUUUCAGAAUUCUGGGAAACGAUAUUCUUUUUUAUGGCUGCGUCAAGCCCAAUGUAGGCCACAUAUUUUUUCUCAAAUCUGGGGAAAUAUUCCCUUCUGUUCUUCAAUCAGACAAUAAAUUGUGCAUGCGACCUGUACCACUUAGUGUCCUGUGUAUGAGGUGUAAGGUAUGCACUGCAGGGUGGAUGAGCACCACCCUAUACACACGACUGCACAGAACCCUCAAGUGAACAGGCAACUGGAAUGGUUAAGAUGCCAGCAAAUAUUGCAUGCACGACGCAGAAGAUACAACUAAAUAAAGUCAAAAAAAAAAU